AUGAGGCUGCUGGAGAGGCGAGCAUCCAGCAUUGAGUGCCAAAGACCGCUGAACCACGCCGCGCUCUUCUUCGAGGCGGAGCGCGUCUGCGGCGUCUGCGCCGUCUGCUGGCUGCCGAGAUCUGGCCUGUCGCAGGAGGGCCGCGGGCCUGGAAGAUCAAGACGGAGGUCUUCUCCACGUCUUCUCCGGAUCACUCGCUUCAGCGAUCGGGCUGAAGCGCCGGGGCUUCUGGAGUGUUACUCGGAUUUUGUUUUGUUUUUGUGGAAACAUGUAUGGCUUGGCUUGGAGCCGCGUGGUCUGCUUGAAACGAGAGGAUUCGCUUUGACCGGAACCUUCGGACCACAGCAAGAUCGACCUUGA